AUGGCCGAAAGCAUCGAUGCGUUGGACCAGUGCUGCCAGGCAGCCAAGGCAAAAGUGGGUCGUAUUCGGAAGGCGAUUUUGGAUGCAAAACAGGACCACAAAAAGUUUGCGUACAAUGCUCUCAAAUUGUAUGCGAAGCAAGUCGACGCGGCCUACGAUGAGUACAACAGCUUCACGAAUCGCAUCUACCUCGUCGAUCCAAAGAAGAAGCAAGAAUUUGAGACGAAGUUCAUCGACUUCGAGGAACUCUACGAGUUUGUCCGGAUCGCUCUGAGCGAGAUGAUGCAGCAGUACGAGGACGCCGAAAAGGCUGCGGCCGAGGUGGCUGCCUUUGAGAGGGAGAAACAACUGCUCGCGCUGAAAUUCCGCAACGAUACUGUCGCUGUUACUAACGUCCCAGCGAACCCUGUUCCGUACCAAAUUCCACCUUCGUUGCUGUUGCAGCAGACGCCUUUGCCGACCUUUGACGGUCGGUACGACCAGUGGCACAAGUUCAAAGCAAGGUUUUGCGACAUUGUGGAUCGGUGCACGACGGAUUCUCCAGCGACAAAACUCCAUUAUCUGGACAAGGCGUUGGUCGGAGAUGCACAGGGAGUGAUUGACGAGCAAACCCUCAACGACAAUAACUACGAGGGCGCCUGGAGAAUUCUAAUCGAGCGGUACGAGAACAUCCCAAUGGUGGUCCAUGGUCACGUCACGAAGCUUCUGAACCUGAAGCCGAUGGCUAGGGAGUCAUCGUUGGAACUACGGAGGCUGCUCGACGACUGCACGAAGCGUGUGGAAUCGCUAGAGUUCCACAAACUAAAGAUGGACAAGAUGGCUGAGGCCAUCGUGAUCACGCUGCUGACCUCGAAGCUGGACCCGAGUACCCGACGCAGCUGGGAGGCAUCGUGUGACUACGGAAAGCUGCCGGUGUUCAAGGACACGGUGGCAUUUUUGCGAAAGCACUCACACGUGUUGGAGCGGUGUGAGCAAAGCAGUACGGUGACAAAACCAAAAGUGGCGGCCCUGAGGACCCAGACUCCAACCGUCACAAGUAAGGCGCACUCGGUGACGGUCUCGAAGACGAAUGAAGGUUGUGCCGUGUGCGGAGCUACUCACUCGGUCGAAGCUUGUGGCGCAUUCAAAAAGCUGAUCGUCGAAGAACGAUACUCGAAGGCAAAGCAGUUUGGAUUGUGCUUCCUAUGCCUGAAUCGUGGCCAUCGCACAAACACUUGCAAGAAAACCGAUCUGUGCACAGCUUGCAAGAAGAAGCACCACGCGCUGCUGCAUCCUGACGAGAAGAAACUCGAUACGCCCGAAGCAGGACGGCGAUCGGCGGAGGAGCAGGAGACGAGUUCCAGUUGCCCGAAACCACCGCUGACGGCGGCGAAGUGUUCGAUCCCGAACGAACGAACGAAGAGUCUGCAGACGAAGCAGGUGUUGCUGGCGACGGCAGUUGUGUUGGCGUACGACUCCAGUGGCGCCGCGCACAAGUGUCGAGUGCUACUCGACUCCGGAGCGAUGGCGAACUUCAUGUCAACACGGAUGGCGGAACUGCUGCGACUGCGAAAGGAGAGUGCUAACGUCCCGAUAGACGGUGUGAACGGGAUGAAGACCGUAGUGAAGUACAAAGUGAGUGCUAAAGUGGUAUCCAGAACAACCAGUUUCGAGACGACGUUGGAGUACUUGAUUGUCCCCCGAGUGACCGGCGCUUUACCAGCGAUGAAGAUCGAUCCGAAGGGCUGGCAAAUUCCCGAGUCGAUGCUGCUGGCCGACCCCAAGUUCUACGAGCCAGCGCGGGUCGAUAUGCUCGUCGGCGCCGAGCUAUUUUUUGACGUGCUCCGAGAAGGUAAACUAAAACUGGCCCCCAAUCUACCUCUGCUUCAAGAAAGCCAACUUGGUUGGCUUGUCUCUGGACCUGUGGCCGAAACUGCGGAUAUCGGCACUGUGAAGGUGUGUCACGUUGGGGCACUGGACGAUCCUGAGGAGCAACUGACCGAACUGCUGCGGCGGUUCUGGACCAUCGACGAGCUCGGAGGUGACGUGUCACCUAAGCCUGAAGACACGUGUGAGUUGAACUUCCUGGAAACUCACCGCAGAACGAACGAUGGUCGCUACGUGGUGAAAUUGCCGUUCCGCGAGAACGUUGGGGAGCUCGGGAAUCUCGAGAGCAAGCGAUGCGGCGGUUCGUGGCGCUAG